UCUGUGUGUUUGUGUUUUCCAGGUGUUUCCAAAGGUCUCUGACAUUGUUGAUGACCUCAGAGCUGAUAGGAUUAUUGAUCACAUUGAUCAGGUACCUCUAACCCACCAAACAUUAUCGGAGGUCGGAGGUCACACCUUGCUGGAAGUUUCUGGAUUAUAUAUUUGUUUUUGGAGACCGCUGAUUGGUUAAAGGACAUGUUUGGAGCCUGCUGAUUGGCCGGUUGAGUGUCUCAAAAUAUCCACCCCAGAACUGAUGCACGAAGAAGAGGCGAGACGGACUGGAGGCCACUCCCACCUUGAGGUCACCGUGACAAUGGAGUCCCAGCCGCCGCCACCGCCUCCUCACAUCGUCUCCAACGGCAACCCUCGCGGCAACCCUUCGUCAUCAACGAUAACGGACCACAUCCCUAACACUAAGUCCAAGCAUAACCAGGACGACCGACGGACCAAAUCCAGCAGACUGAUCCGGUCGCUUAGCAACGGUCUCCGGAAACACAGUGACUACGUCAAGAUUUCGGUACCGGAAGGCCGUGGCAACCGGUUGCCGCGGGAAUGGUGGAAAACAGGGGUGGCGUUUGUGUACGCGUUAUUCAACCUCAUCCUGACCACCGUCAUCAUCACCGUCGUACACGAGCGGGUACCGGAUAAAUCGGUCAGUCCCCCGUUACCGGAUAAGUUCUUUGACUAUGUGGACCGUGUACCGUGGGCGUUUACGGUAACCGAAGUCAACGGGAUGGUGUUGGUGGGACUCUGGUUCAUACAGUGGCUGUUCCUCAAACACAAGUCCAUCAUCGGUCGGAGGUGUUUCUUCAUGAUUGGAACGUUGUACAUGUACCGUUGUGUCACCAUGUAUAUCACCACGCUACCUGUCCCUGGCAAACACUUCACCUGCGCUCCCAAGCUUUAUGGCGACUCUGAAGGGAUGGUGUGGCGUAUCCUGGGUCUGAUUAGUGGAGGAGGCCUGUCAAUCACCGGGGGUCACCUCAUGUGUGGAGACUUCCUCUACAGUGGACACACUGUAACACUCACACUGGCAUACCUGUUUAUCCAAGAGUACUCCCCCAAGAAGAUGUGGUGGUACGUGUGGUUGUGCUGGUUGCUCAGUGUUGUGGGCGUGGUCUGUAUCCUGAUUGGUCAUGAGCAUUACAGCAUUGAUGUUGUCUUCGCCUACUUUGUUACGUCACGCCUCUUCUGGUGGUAUCACACCAUGGCCAACACACAGGCUCUGCGCGGGGCUUCUAACAACUACCUGUCAAGGACCUGGUGGAACCCUGUGUUUAACUUCCUGGAGCGUAACGUCAUGGCAACCGUUCCCUGUGUGUUCUCCUGGCCCAUCUCUCUGCCCUCUGCAUGGUGUAACAUUAACCCCUGUGAGAGAUACUCCAUGGUUGAGGGGGAUGGGGACAGAGACCAGUAGGGGGCCUGUCUCUGGCCUCCUCGUGGUAACAACAACCCCAUGGUAGAGGGGGAUGGGGACAGAGACCAGCAGAGGGCCUGUCUCUGCCCUCCUCUUGGUAACAACAACCCCAUGGUAGAGGGGGAUGGGACUGGAGACCAUUGAUCCAUUUUUCUAUCCCUCCCUCCCUCCCUCCCUCAACAGAUCACAGGCUGUAGCUUGUAAUGAAAGAAACCUUCCUGAAGGCUCGGUCAUUACUACCUCUGGUGUUCUUCAGCACGGACAUAGGGGUGCACCGUGUAGGGGAUAGGGGUGCACCGCGUAGGGGAUAGGGGUGCAC